AUGAGGAGCAGGAUGAUACUAUUACUAAUAGUAUCAUUGAUUGGAUUUUGGAGUGGUUUAGUCUCAGGUGAAGAUGCUUAUAUGUACUACACAUGGACUGUCACAUACGGCACAGCUGCACCACUCGGUGUCCCUCAACAGGUUAUUCUCAUCAAUGCCCAGUUUCCUGGACCCAAUCUUGAUUGUGUGACCAAUGACAACAUCAUCCUUACCCUCAUCAACAAAUUGGACCAGGAUUUCCUUCUCACAUGGAAUGGCAUCAAGCAGAGAAAGAAUUCAUGGCAAGACGGUGUGUUGGGAACCAACUGCCCCAUCCCUCCCAACUCCAGCUACACCUACAAGUUCCAAACUAAGGACCAAAUCGGCACCUACACCUACUUCCCCUCCACUCUCAUGCACCGAGCAGCCGGAGGCUUCGGCGCCCUCAACGUAUACGCCAGGUCCGUCAUCCCCGUCCCCUACCCCACCCCCGACGGAGACUUCACCCUUCUCAUCGGUGACUGGUGGUACUCAUCUACUCACAAGGCGCUGCAGCUGACGCUGGAUUCAGGAAUGCCGUUGCCUUACCCCGAAGGCAUCCUCAUUAACGGCCAGAAUGCAUCCACGUUGAGCGGCCAUCCAGGGAAGACAUACAUGUUCCGGGUCUCCAACGUGGGGCUUUCGACGUCGUUUAACUGGAGGAUCCAAGGGCAUCAAAUGAAGGUGGUGGAGGUUGAAGGGUCACACGUCAUCCAGAACACAUACGACUCGAUAGACGUGCACGUGGGGCAGAGCGUGACCGCUCUAGUCACCUUGGAUCAGCCUCCCAUGGACUACCGCAUUGUCGCAUCCACCAUAUUCACCGACUCCCCGCUCCUCACCGCCACCGCAAUAUUGCAUUAUUCCAAUUCACAAGGCAUUGUUGCGGAUAUGCCGCCGGGAGGAGGAGGAGGAGGCGACGUGGAGUGGUCGGUGGAGCAGGCGAGAUCGUUCAGGUGGAACCUGACCGCCAACGCGGCCAGGCCGAAUCCGCAGGGCUCGUUCCACUACGGGGAGAUCAACACGACGAGGACUUUGUUGGUGGCCAAUUCAGCGCCGGUUAUUGAGGGGAAGCAGAGGUAUGCGGUGAAUGGGGUGUCUUACGUCAACCCGGACACGCCGCUGAAGCUGGCGGAUUAUCUGAACAUCAGCGGCGUGUUCAGGCUAGACGGGGCAUGGGAGGGUGAGCUUGCCACUGCUGUGGUGGGAACUGCCCUCCAUGACUUCGUCGAGAUCGUCUUCCAAAACCACGAGGACGCCAUCCAGACGUGGCAUCUCGAUGGCUACGAUUUCUGGGUUGUCGGAUUCGGAAAGGGAAAUUGGACGGAGAGCAGCAGGGAAGGGUACAAUCUGGUUGAUGCUUUCACUAGACACACAGUGCAGGUGUAUCCAAAGUAUUGGAGUGCAGUGUUGGUGUGGAUGGACAACCAAGGGAUGUGGAAUUUGAGGUGUAGUAUGUGGGGGAGGCAGUAUCUAGGGCAGCAAUUGUAUAUCAGAGUGUAUGAUCCGGUGCACAGUCUUUCUAAUGAAUACCACAUGCCUACCAAUGCUCUUCUCUGCGGCCGAGCCCUCCCUUAAAUUUCUAACACUUUACCUCAUUUUAUUGACUUGUUGGUAUUUUUUUGGUUGCCUUGU